GGAGCGGUCGAUGGAGGAGGGCGCCCCGCUGCUCGGGGAGCGGCGCCUGAAGCCCAAGGGAAUGUCCGUGAUGCGUGUGGCGGCACUCGCGGUAUCCGCGCUGGGCACCGCGGCGCUCAUCGCGGUCGUCGGCGUGUCCGUCAUGUCCGCGCGGAACCCCGGCGCGGCGCGCGAGGCGGUCAGCGAGUUGGGCGCCGGCGAAACUGUAACCGAAACCGCGCGGCGCGCGCUCGGCCCGAUGUGCACCGAGGACGACCGUCUGAUGCCCACGGUGUUCCUCAUCGGCGUAGAGAAGUGCGGCACGACGUCGCUGUACGACGACAUGAUCUCGCACAUCCCCGCGCUCAGGCCAAUGCACGACGACAAGGGCGCGCCCGCGAAGGAGAUGCGAUACUUCGACACGGGCGGGCGCUUCGUGAACAUGCUCAAGUGGAACAAGGACCCGACCCCGUUUCGCGAGUGGCUCACGCGGCACGCGGACACCUGCGCCACCGUGGCGUCGUCCCUGGCCAACGAGAUGAGCGCGCACGGCCCGGACGAUCCCUUCGACAUGGCGACCUCGCGCACCCCGAGGCUACACGUCGACGGCACCCCGGCGUACUUCAACGCCGGCGUGGGCGCCAAGAUCGCGGAGGCGUACCCUCGGCCGGAACAGCGAGCACGAUUGAGGUUCGUCGCCACCGUCUGCGACCCGGAGACGCGGCUGAAGAGCGCGUUCACGUUCUUCAAGACGCUGUACAACGGCUGGGGAGGGGACCAGGCUGAUGUGUGGGAACGGAACCUGUACACGCAUUACUUUGCCACGUACGCGGAUUGGCUCAAACAGACGGUGGCGGCGCUGCCAGAGGCGAGUAAACCGGGCGGACUGUUGGAAAACCCGGGGGCGCAGAUGGCCGAGACGCUCGAUGAUGACGCGGAUGAAGACGCGACAUUUGAUGCCGAGUCAGGCGAGUCAGUCGGCGAUCUCGGCAGUAAAGGAGAACGCGCGGAACGCAGGCGCAUGAAGAACCUGUUCAACGAGGUUGUCAAGACUCGGUACGAAUCCGUGCUCCGCGAGUACCUCGACGCGGGUUUCUCCGCCGAUCAGUUUUUGGUGUUACCAAACUCGUACUACUUCGAGAGACCGGCGGCGGCGCUGAAGGACAUCGCGUCGCACUUGGGGGUGGACGCGUCGGAUCUGGAGCUCAUCGGCGACGCGGCGCACGCCAACGCCGGGCGGGUGAAGGAUCCCGGGACAAAGGCGCGUUUGGUUGGAAACGUCCGCGACGGCGAUCGCGACGCGCUGAGGGAACACCUGAGGCCGCAGCUGGAGGGGCUGAGGAAGCUGCACUGCGAGGAGGGGUUGAAGAUGGCGGCGUGGCACGGCGUGGGCGAGGAGGAGAGGGACAGGUACUGGUCGUUCAUGCCCAAGGAAGCCGCGAGAGACUGCGAGAACGCUAGCUAAACUUCGUCCUCUGCGGCGUGGGCGAAAUUUGCCCAAAGUGCCAUUUUCUCUAAUAAAUUUCGAGACGGUUCUCUC